AUGGACAAGUACUUGAGAUCCGAAAGAUUUAACGUGGAACCAACCUCUACUUCCGCGGACAAACAAUGGACGCAUUGGAAACGAACGUUCUUGAACUUCUUGAGUAAAUUCGGAGACGCGACUGAGGAAAAUAAGUUGCAGCUGCUAACAAACUACUUAGCACCUGAAGUGUAUCAGCAUGUUAGCGAAUCCAGUACGUACGAAAGUGCCAUCGAUGUCUUAGAAUCACUGUACGUAAAACCUAGAAAUGAGAUUUAUGCCAGGCAUUGUUUAACCACGAGACGACAACUCACUGAUGAGUCAGUGGACCAGUAUCUUCAGAUUUUAAAGCAACUAAGUAAGGAUUGUAACUUCAAAAAUGUUACCGCUGAGCAAAGUAAGAAUGAAUAUAUUAGGGAUGCGUUUAUUAGUGGCUUGAGUUGUCCGCACAUUCGACAAAGAUUACUUGAAAACGUGACGCUUACAUUAGAUGCUGCUUAUGACCAAGCUCGAGCCUUGGAAAUGGCUGAGCGACACUCUGCAUCUUAUUCUGGCUUAUCUAGCACAGUUACCGCCUCGUCAAAAGAAAUUAUUGCUCAAGAUUCAAAGGUUUCUGAGGCGACUGUGGCUGGUGCUUCAAAAUCGGGGAAGUGCUAUUUCUGUGGGGGAAACAUACACCCCAGAGUGCAAUGUCCGGCGAGAAACGUGGAAUGCAGGUUAUGUGGAAGAUGCCGUAUAAACCCGUUACCAUACCUUGGCAAGAUUACGAUGGCAAAUUCCUCUCUAUCAUCAGAUAUAAUAGGACGAUGUAUAGCCGAUGUGGAAAUAGGAGGAAAUACUUACAAAGAUGUUGCGAUAUUGGUAAUGAAAGAUCUCUGCUCAGAUGCUAUAAUUGGCCAUGACAUCUUACAACGUCAGAAUUCGGUAAACAUAGUUUUCCAGGGCCCGCCUCCCUCUCUCUCAAUCUGUAGCUUGGCGGUUGCCAAAGUGCGCCCGGUUUCGCUUUUUGCUAACUUAGAUGUUAAUUGUAAACCUAUAGCCACUAAAUCUAGAAGACACUCUGAAGAAAAUAACAAAUUCAUAGACUCUGAGGUUAAAAGACUACUGAACGAAGGUGUAAUAGAACCUAGCAAUUCUCCGUGGCACGCACAAGCUUUAGUCGUGAGAGAGGAAAAUCACAAAGUAAGGAUGGUUGUUGAUUACUCGCAGACAAUAAAUAAGUUCACAAUGCUGGAUGCAUAUCCCCUUCCGAGGAUCGAAGAAAUAAUCACAAAGGUCUCGGCGAAUGAAGUCUUUAGCACAAUAGAUCUCGAAAGUGCCUAUCAUCAAUUGCCGAUUUUAAAAUCUGAAAGAAAAUAUACCGCCUUUGAAGCCGGUGGAAAACUUUACCAAUUCUUACGUGUUCCGUUCGGGGUAACGAAUGGAGUAGCAUGUUUUCAAAGAAUAAUAGACCAAAUAGUGCAAGACGAAGGACUUGAAGACACCUUUCCAUAUCUGGAUGACGUCACGAUAUGUGGGAAAACCCAACAAGAGCAUGAUCGUAACCUAGAGAGAUUUUUAGCAGCGGCCCAGAAGUACAAUUUAACGCUAAACCAAAAGAAAUGUAUUUUCUCUGUCAGAUCUGUCACUUUACUUGGAUACGUAAUCUCUAAUAAGACAAUUAAGCCUAACCCGGAUCGCCUUCAACCCUUGCUUGACCUACCAAUUCCUCAGGAUAUUGCUUCUCUACGGCGAGUUUUAGGCAUGUUCUCGCACUAUUGCAAGUGGAUACCGAAUUUUUCAGAAAGAGUGCGUCCUCUACUGCUCAAGAAUCCACUCCCGUUAUCGAAUGAAGCCAUAUUAGCAUUUAAGAGUUUGAAGGACGACAUAGCCAAGGCAACAAUAGCCGCGGUACAAGACAAUAUACCUUUUCGAGUAGAAACCGACCCAUCUGAUUUUGCGAUAGCGGCCACACUAAGCCAAGCUGGCAGACCUGUCGCAUUCUUUUCCAGAACCCUAAAUAAAACGGAAAUACAACACUCUUCCAUAGAAAAAGAGGCUUAUGCUAUUGUGGAAUCUUUACGCUACUGGAGGCAUUACUUAAUCGGUCGUUAUUUUGAAGUUAUUACGGAUCAACACUCUGUCUCUUUUAUGUUUAAUCAACGACAUUCUAGUAAGAUUAAAAAUGAGAAAAUCAUAAGAUGGCGUUUAGAACUCUCCUCUUUUAAGUUCGAUAUAAUUUAUCGCCCAGGAAUUGAGAAUGUGUCAGCGGAUACCUUAUCUAGAACGAGUGCCUCCAUGACUCCAAGUAUGGACCUUGAUACUUUACACACCGCGCUCUGCCACCCUGGCAUAUCUCGAUUAUGUCACUGGGUUCGUGUCAAGAAUUUACCAUUCUCCACUGAAGAUGUGAAGAGAGUUACAAAAUCAUGUCGGGUUUGUGCGGAAUUGAAACCACGUUUCCAUAAAGUCGAGGGGAAUCUGAUAAAAGCUACCUCACCAUUUGAAAGACUAAACUUGGAUUUCAAAGGCCCUUUACUAACAAAGACUAGAAAUCAAUACAUUCUAACUGUGGUAGACGAAUUUUCAAGAUUUUCUUUCGCUAUACCAUGUGCGGACGUUAGUGCGUCUAUGGUAAUACGACAUUUGGCUCACCUCUUCUCAGUUUUUGGGACUCCCGCAUAUAUACAUUCGGACAGGGGCGCCUCGUUCAUGUCACAAGAACUUAAAACGUUCCUGACUUCUCAAGGCGUAGCAACCAGCCGAACAACCCCCUACAAUCCAAGAGGAAACGGACAGGUAGAAAGAUACAAUGGAAUCAUAUGGAAGACUGUCAUGCUAGCGUUACGAUCCAACAAUACUAAAAUAGAGCAUUGGAAGGAAGUACUAGACAUUGCACUGCAUUCCAUCCGCUUGCUUCUCUGCACAGCGACAAACUCUACACCACACGAGCGAAUGUUCAAUCAUCCUAGGAGGUCGUUCAAUGGCAACUCAAUGCCAACCUGGUUGACUAAGUCUGGACCAGUUUUAAUGAAAAGACACGUUCACACAAGUAAACAUGAUCCAUUAGUGGAGGAGGUCGAACUGAUAGAAGUGUCACGAGUGCUAAAUUGCACAAGUGACAAUUGCGCCAUAACUGAGAAAUAA